UGACGUUUUACGUAGAGGCGGCGUUGUCUCUAUGGCUGCGGAGGACGCGAAGACCUUUACCAUAUCAGACACCGUCAUUUGAACAGACUACGCUGUAAAGAGAUGUAUCACAAAGAGAAGAGCAUCCAGAUCAAGAACAGCGCCUCGUCGCUGUACAACAACCUGAGCGUGCAGCGCAUCGCCCCGCGGCACCUCACAUACUUCACCGUGGUCCAUGCCAACGUCGUGAACAUGGUCAGCGCCUCUUGGGACGGCCUCAACUAUUCCCAUCGUCAGCUGCAGUCCAAAGAGCCCAACGUCGCCACAAGCACAUCGCUCAUCAUGCAGGCUGCAUUUUGUGUCCUGCCUUCUCGUGACCUACUGGUGGUGACCUCCCAAAAAGGCAUCCAGAUGUAUGAAUCUGAUGGUUCCAUCAUGGUGUACUGGCAUGCACUGGAUACUCCGGAAACACCUACAGCUCAGGCCAUAUUUGGUCGAGGGAUAUCAGCAGUGGGGCAGAAUUAUAUAUGUGUGGGUGUUUCUUCUGGUUCAAUUCUUGUUUUUGAUGUCCCAAGUAAAGGCAGUAAUAUCACCCUGUCCGAGGUCCUGGAGGAACAUAAUGAGUCCAUAACUGAUCUUGCCUCUGAGUGUUCAGGCAGCCAGGAGUGCAUAGCUGAUCUGGUCAGUGCAGAUGAUGGGGGGAAUCUGUAUGUGUGGAAGUCUGGGGAGGAGUUUCAGAUACUAAACAAGAUCGCUGGUUUUGACAUGACCUGCUCAUCUGUCAAGCUGUGGAAAGGUACAGUGGUGGCAGGUUAUGGCACAGGCCAGAUCCGAAUUUAUGAGGCUGUGACAGGAAUUCUUCAUGCUGAAAUCACUGCCCACGCUCGCUGGAUAUAUUCACUGGACAUUGCUCCUUUUUCCGGGCUGCUCCUCUCUGCAGCUGAGGACUCUCUAGUCAGGGUUUGGCAUCUGACACUAACCCCAGAGACCAACAGUGUGGAGGUUGCACAUUUGCACAAUGAAUGUGUGACAGACACACAAAUAUGCGGGGCCAAGUUCUGUGACGGUGACGGUUAUGCCUUUGCAGUGACUGGCUAUGACCUGAGUGAGAUUAUUCGCUACACACAGACGUAGGACUUUAAUCUCACUGAGGCAAAGUGGAUGAAUUGGAAUUUGGUUUAUUGGAGAUUUUCUAUAAAGAUAAGAUGACCAAGAAAGAAGUGAGCGAUCAUGGGCAGGUUAAGAUUCUGUAAGGAAGGAGAUUUUUUUUUUUUUCUUGGAAAAUAAUCAUUAUUUAAUGGUAUUACUGUAUCUUUACCUACAAGGAGAUAAGCAUAUAAGAAAUAAUGCAAAAUAAUGUGUUGAUGUUUCUAUGAAUAUUUUAUGUACAAAUAUUUACAUGGAUGUGAAUGUAGCUUAAAUGUUAAUAAAAUAUUAUCUUUAUGUUACA